GGUAACAGUCCAGGGCAGCGACAAGCGGGCGGGCUGCGAUGACGUGGUAAAAGUGCGCCGGCGACGGAGAAGGAGCGCGGUUAGGGAGGCAAAGCGGCACCAUUUGACUCGAGGGAAGUAACGAGAAGCCUCUGGGCCGCCUCCUUCUCCUCAGCCUCUGAGCAACGGGCGAAGGGAGGGCGAGCGAGGAGGGGCUCCCAGGCUUUGGGAACCUGUGAGCACCAGAAGUAGCGAGGCUGACUGCUUAACUCAUUGCCAGGAAGCUUUAGGACAGGAGAUUCUCAUAAGGCAGAUGGUCUGAAAUUGCUUUUGGGACGUGGACCUGUGGUCAUAUUCAUCAUCCAGCUGGAGACGUGAUUGCUGCCAUGGAUCAAAAUAACAGUAUACCACCUUACGGCCAGGGUUUAGCAUCCCCUCAGAGUGCAAUGACUCCUGGCAUCCCUAUAUUUAGUCCCAUGAUGCCUUAUGGCACAGGGCUCACACCCCAACCUGUUCAAACUACAAACAGCUUAUCUAUUCUGGAAGAACAGCAGAGGCAGCAGCAACAGGCAGCAGCACAGCAGUCCACGUCGCAACCAACACAAGGGACCUCUGGUCAAACGCCACAACUUUUUCACUCACAGACACUUACCACAGCUCCUUUGCCAGGAAGCACAUCUCUCUACCCCUCUCCAAUUACUCCCAUGACCCCAAAAACUCCUGCAACACCUGCUUCUGAAAGUUCUGGAAUUGUGCCACAGCUGCAGAAUAUUGUGUCUACAGUAAAUCUUGGUUGUAAACUUGACCUAAAAACCAUUGCCCUUCGUGCUCGAAAUGCUGAGUACAACCCCAAGCGUUUUGCUGCUGUAAUUAUGAGAAUCAGAGAACCACGUACUACAGCCCUCAUAUUCAGCUCUGGAAAGAUGGUGUGCACUGGGGCUAAAAGUGAGGAGCAGUCCAGGCUGGCUGCCAGAAAGUAUGCUAGAGUUGUGCAGAAGUUGGGCUUUCCUGCCAAGUUCUUGGAUUUUAAGAUUCAGAAUAUGGUGGGUAGCUGUGAUGUAAAAUUCCCUAUCCGACUUGAGGGUUUGGUUCUUACACACCAGCAAUUUAGCAGCUAUGAACCAGAGUUGUUUCCUGGCUUAAUUUACAGAAUGAUCAAACCAAGAAUCGUCUUGCUUAUAUUUGUUUCUGGGAAGGUAGUUUUAACUGGUGCAAAAGUCAGAGCUGAAAUUUAUGAAGCAUUUGAAAAUAUAUAUCCUAUUUUAAAAGGAUUCAGAAAGACAACGUAACAAUUCACUCUGCCUAUCCAAGAAGAUGGGAUACUCUUUAAGGUAUUGAUUAUGGCUCAGCAGUAAAAAGAGAGACGUACAGGCUGAAAUAUCAGGACUUUGAGUAUUUCCUCAGUUAGUGCCUGCUUCUCUGAUCUUCAUAAAAAGGGAAGCUUUCAUCAUGUGUUACGCCUGUACUGAGUUACUGUGAGUUGCUUCGUUGCACUCUCUCAAGGAACAACUGAGUUUAUUUAUAUUUUUAGCUUUUAAACAAUUUUAACAGCUAAUGUUUUUCUAUCUGGAAAUCUUACGCUGACAGCUGGUUAAAUUGUGUUAUUCAAAAUUUAAACAUUUUGGUUACAGUAUUCUUUCAUCCAUGGAUUUUAUAAUCAGAAAAUUUAACUCUAACCAUUUAGCCCUUCUUUCACAUUCCCUUUUUUCCAGUGUUUAGCAGGGCAAACUUGCUGUUGAAAACAGAUGGCUGUAUAUAUUCCUAAUUUGGGACAACAACCUGAGUUCUAAAUGUGUACUUAAUGCUGGUUAUGAAACUUGAGAAGGGCAUCUGCAUUGUUCUGUGAUCAAUCUGACUUGCUUACACUGCUGUUUUUAAUGUGCUAUAUGCAUGCCUAUAGCUUAAAUGUAUUGAAAUGUUUUUUAUAAGAUUUUUAUUAACACAGUAUUAAAGCAAUGUGUUUUGCCAUUUAAUGUAUUAUUGUGUUGUUAUAGUAACCCAAAGUCUCUGAAACAAUGUAACUUUACCGCUUUCACUCUUAGUAAUUUCUUUGACCAGAUUAGCUUCUCCGAUCCUGUCUUUUUCCUUUUCAGUCCUAUAAAAAAAACCAAAUCAUGAGUCAUCCCCUGCCUUAACCUCCAUCUUACCUCUCUUACUGUCCAAUCUUACCUACCACAAAGAUGUUAUAUAACUGGACUGGAUUUAAUCUGUUUUUAUAGCCGUAUAAAUUGUAAGCCCUCUAAGAGUCCACAUUUUGGCAGAAAGGUGGGAUAAAAAUAGUCUCUGCCACCAACACAAUUCUCUGGAUGUUGCAGCAGAGCAGUCCACUAUCACAGGCUGUAU